CCAGACCUGAUUUUAUUGGCCGUUGAUGAGGCGGAAGUCUUCGGUCCAAUAUUGUUAGUUCUCCGGGUGUGAUUCAACAUGGCUGUGUCUGCUGUAAGGUCUGUGGUCUUCGUGACUGGAAAUGCAAAAAAACUCGAGGAGGUCAUUCAGAUCCUUGGAGACAGGUUUCCGUACAAACUAGUUUCAAAAAAGAUUGAUUUACCUGAAUACCAAGGAGAACCAGAUGAGAUUUCCAUACAGAAGUGUAAAGAAGCUGCACGGGAGGUUGAUGGACCAGUCAUAGUGGAGGACACAUGUCUAUGUUUCAAGGCUUUGGGAGGCCUGCCUGGUCCUUAUAUAAAAUGGUUCCUGGAUAAACUCGAGCCAGAAGGCUUGUAUAAACUCCUUGCUGGGUUUGAAGAUAAAUCAGCAUGGGCUCUCUGCACCUUUGCUUUCUCUGCUGGGAAAGAUGAACCAGUACAGCUCUUCAGAGGGAAAACGGAGGGACACAUUGUGGAACCUAGGGGUCCUCGAGACUUUGGAUGGGAUCCCUGUUUCCAGCCAGAGGGAUAUGACCAAACCUAUGCUGAACUUCCCAAAGAGGUGAAGAAUACUAUCUCGCACCGCUACCGGGCGCUUGCUGCCAUGUCUGAGCACUUCUCUCAAACCAACAAUACCUCACCAGAGGGCAAAAAGAAGAAACAGGAGGAUUAAAGUCAUUUUAGGCCAACUUCAGGUCCUGAAUCUGGAUAGAGGUGUAUUAAACCUCAAGUCUUUAGGUUUGAUAACAUUGAUCAGAGGUCUUAUUACUAAGACAUGUUUUAUUUUUUGAUCAAAAAACGAUAACUGAUUACAGAUUUGUGAUCACACUUGUUGAAUCUGCAUAUCAGUGUUGUGUUAUUUUUAAUAAACUUAUAUUUAAACAAA